CAGGCUUGGCUUUGAAGAGAAGCUGGUGCCAGUGGUUUUGUGUGUUGUGAUGUGAGUGCUGCUGCAGGGAGCUGAGCAGAGAGCAUGGGCCAGCUGGAAAACCACGAUAUGAAUGCAGUGACCUAUGAUGACGUGCAUAUUGACUUCACUUGGGAAGAGUGGACUUUGCUGGAUCCUUCCCAGAAGAAUCUCUAUAAAGAUGUGAUGCUGGAGACUUACAGGAACCUCACUACUAUAGGAUACACUUGGGGAGACCAUAAUAUUAAAGAAAAUUGUCAAAGUUCUAGAAGACAUGAAAGGCAAGAAAGAAGUCAAACUGUAGAGAGACCUUCUGUACAUGCUCAAGGAGUAAAUGCCUUUGUAUAUCCCAGUACUAUUCAACUGCAUGAAAGACCAAAUCCUAGAGAGAAGCCUCAUAAAUGCAAUCAAUGUGUUAAAGCUUUUGCAUAUUAUGGUCAUCUUCAAAUUCAUAAAAGAACACACACUGGAGAGAAACCCUAUGAAUGCAGUCAAUGUGGUAAAGCCUUUCGAUGGCACAGAAGUCUUCAACUGCAUGAAAGAACACACACUGGAGAGAAACCCUAUGGAUGUAAUCAGUGUGGUAAAGCCUUUGCACAAUACAGUCAUCUUCAAAGACAUAAAAGAACACACACUGGAGAGAAACCUUAUGAAUGUAAUCAGUGUGGUAAAACCUUUGCUGAUCACAGUUGUCUUGGAAUACAUAAAAUGACCCACACUGGAGAGAAAUCAUAUGAAUGUAAUCAGUGUGGUAAAGCCUUUGCAUAUUACAGUCGUCUUCAAAGCCAUAAAGGAACACAUACUGGAGAGAAACCCUAUGGAUGUAAUCAAUGUGGUAAAGCCUUUGCACAAUACUGUCAUCUUCAAAGACAUAAAAAAGCCCAUACUGGAGAGAAACCCUAUGAAUGUGCUCAAUGUGGUAGAGCUUUUGCAUGGCACAAAAGUCUUCAAAUGCAUAAAAGAACACACACUGGGGAGAAACCCUAUGAAUGUACUCAAUGUGAUAAAACCUUUGUAUGGCCCAAAAGUCUUGAAAUGCAUAAAAGAACACAUACUGGAGAGAAACCCUAUGAAUGCACUCAGUGUAGUAAAGUCUUUGCACAACAUAGUAUUCUUCAAGUGCAUAAAAGAACACAUACUGGAGAGAAACCUUAUGAAUGUAAGCAAUGUGGUAAAGCCUUUGCAGAUUAUAGUCGUCUUAAAAGGCAUAGAAAAACACACUGUAGAGAAAUUCUGUGAAUGUUUUCAGUGUUGUAAAGCCUUUACAGAUCACUAUAGUCUCCAAAUACAUGAAAGAGCCCAUACUGGAGAGAAAACAUAUGAAUGUAAUCAGUGUGGUAAAGGCUUUGCAGAUCACAAUAGUCUUCACAUACAUGAAAGAACCCACAUUGGAGAGAAACCCUAUGUAUGUAAUCCAUUUGGUAAAGCCUUUGUAUGUCAUGCUUUUCAAUGUCAUAAAAGAACACAUGCUGGCGAGAAACGCUAUGAAUGUAAUCAGUGUUGUUAAUCCUUUACAUAUCACAGUAUUCUUCAAUGCCAUAAAAGAACACAUACUGGGAAGAAACCUUAUGUAUGUAAUCAGUGUGGUAAAGCCUUUGAAUGCUCCAGUACUCUUCAUAUGCAUAAAAUAAUUCAUAGUGGAGAGAAACCCUGUGACUAUAAUGAUUGUGGUACAGCCUUUGCACAACACAGUAAUCCUCAAAGUCAUAAAAGAACACAUACUGGGGAGAAAGCCUAUGAAUGUAAGCAAUGUGGUAAAGCCUUUGCAUAUGACAGUCUUCUUCAAUGCCAUAAAAGGGCACAUACUGGGGAGAAACCCUAUUAAUGCAAUCAGUGGGGUAAAGCCUUUGCAUAACACAGUACUCUUCAAAGGCAUAAAAGAACCCUUUGUGUAGAGAAACCCUAUGAAUGUAAUGAUUUUGCUAAAGCCUUUGCAUGUCUCCUUACUCUUCAAAUGCAUAAAAGAACACAUACUAGAGAGAAACCCUAUGAAUGCCAUCAAUGUGGUAAAGCCUUUGCAGAUCAAAGUACUCUUCAAAGGCAUAAAAGGACCCAUACUGGAGAGAUACCCAAUGAAUGUAAUGAUUGUUGGUAAGCCUUUG